AUGUUUGGUUGGCGACAUGGGAAGACAUCACAAAUAUCCAAUGCCAUCUCAAUAGUGGAACUCUUGGUGCAUAUGGAUUGUGAAGGAUGCGAAAAGAGGAUACGCCGAGCAAUUUCAAAAAUAGAUGGUGUGGAUAGUUUGGAUAUCGACAUGGAUAAGCAGAAGGUAACGGUGACUGGAUAUGUGGAUCAAAGGAAGGUGUUGAAGGUGGUGAGACGAACAGGAAGAAAGGCUGAGUUUUGGCCAUUUCCAUACGACUCAGAAUACUAUCCCUACGCAGCUCAAUACUUAGACGAGUCUACCUACUCGUCUUCGUAUAACUACUACAUGCACGGCUAUAACGAAACCGUGCAUGGCUACUUCCCUGAUCCUUUGUAUUCCACUGUUUCUGAUCAAACCGUUCACCUCUUUAGUGAUGACAAUGUCCAUGCUUACUGCACCCUUAUGUGA